AUGGAUAGCGAUUUAGAAAGUGGGAAUCGGGCAUAUGGAGAAAUAAUUACUUAUGUGGCCAUUAGUCCAGAUGGUUCAUUAGUAGCAACGUUUAAUCCAUAUGGCUCUUCUAUAUCAAUUACAAAAUUGAAAACUAAUGAAAAAUCAGAAAUACGCUUUGAUAGGAAAAAAUUCCUUAAAAAGAAACCACGUAAUAUUCUUGGAUGGUCUUUAGCAGUUUCGAAUAUUAUUGAAAAUGAUAUUGGCUUGAUUGCAAUUUCUUGUAUAACUGAAAAAGAUAUGAACACAAAAAAAAUUGAGAAAAUUAGUUAUUUUUCCCUUAUUAAACAAAUUUAUACAAUUUAUAGGAAAUCAUCAUCUUCUUCAACUUAUACUAUGCUCAAUUAUCUCAUAUAUAGUAAUAUCAUCAUCAUUUUGAUUAAGUCCCCCCUUUUAUCUCUUUUAUGGUUUAUUUUCGUCCCCUUUUACAUUUUUUAUUUGACUGAAUUAUUACACCCUUAUAAGAUUUCGAAAAGGGAUAAACAAUUUCAAUUAUCUUCUUCUCCUAGCGAAGGGAUGAUAAAGCUCUUUAAAUUUUCAUUUAAUAAUGAUAGUGAUGAUAAUUAUAAUAACGAUAUUUCUCUAUACAAGUGUCGUCUCGGUGGAAUUGUUAAAUUUUUAAACAAUUCUAAAAACUCAUUAGAUGAUAGUAUAAUAUUGGUUUGCAUGAAUUGCAUAAAAAUACAUAAGUUUAAUAUUAAAUUGAACAAAAAAGUUUCCAUAUUAAAAGAAUGUACUUAUUUAUUACCUGAAAAUUUAUUUAAAAAAUUAGAAAGUUUUGAUGAUUCAAGACGCAAUUGGGAAUAUCUUUUAAGAUCUGGAUAUCAAGAAUUUUUAAUGGUUGACACGAGCAAUAACCAACAAACACAAAGUAUUGAAAUGUACGAUAUUAAUACUUCACAAUUAGUGAAUGUUUUUUACAGAAGUCGAGGAGAAAAAGAUUAUAUAAUUUCAAGAAACAAUGAACCCGGAAUUUUUGCAAUAUCAACUGAUUCAAAAUUAUUUGCUUAUUCUUAUGGAGAUAAUAUCAUUACAAUUUAUUUAAUGGAAAGUGGACUUGAAAUUAUUUCGAAAAAAUUUGAUAAUAUUUAUAAAAUUAAAUUUUUAGAAUUUAUUGAAAAAGAUAAAAAAUUGCUCAUUAUUGAUGAAGAUGAAGAAUAUGAUAUGAAAUUUCAUCUUUGGAUUAUAUCAGGACGUUUAAAUAAUUAUUUUUCUAUUGCUAGAGAUGAUCUCCCUAUUUCUUCAAAAUAUGAUGAUUAUGAAUAUUAUAAUACUUUAACUAAAGUAAAUGGAAAAGUGGUUUUUUAUAAUAGAGAUUAUAAGGAUCAGUUUAGAGUUUUACAAGAAAUAACUAUAAAAAAGAUAAUCUUUGGAGAAAAUUAUGUCUUAAAAGAUGAAACAAACGAGCAUAAAUAUAAUUCAUAUGAUUUAGAACCAUGGAAUGAUAACGUAAAACCUAUUAGUGGUAAAUUUCUUAAUAAUGAUAAGAGCACUAUUCUUAUUAUUGGUCAAAAUAGUAUUCAAGUCUGGAAAUCUAAAUUCACAAAUUUUGAAGAUUUUGAAGAUUUUAAAAAUUUUAAAAAUUCGUAUCUUGUAUAUAUUUUAAUAUAUGAAGAUAUCGAACCUGUGACAACGUCUGAAUUUCAAAUUGAAGAUAACAUGAUUACUAUUAUAACUCACGCAUGUAAAUCACUUGCCUACCUAUAUAAACACACUGAUAGUAUUUAUUCUAAAGAAAAAAAUCAAAAGUUUGUUAGUGCAAUCACAAAUAUUAUUAAAGACUUUAUUAAAAAUUAUCCUGAUAAUUGGAAACUUAUGGAGAUUCAAUAUCCUUUAAUGGCAUAUCUAAUUUAUUCGCGUUCAUUUUCUUUAAUAAAAUACAUUUUGUUUGGAGACAAUAAUCGAGUUGAGUCUAAAAAUACUGGUUUGUUACACAGACCACAAAAGAAAUACGGUUCUUAUCCAUGUUAUGAUGAUUUGAAAUUAUAUGACGAUUUAGGAUUUGAAGACAAUGACUUAAGAUCAACUAAUGAUUUGGAAUUAGCUUUAAAAUUCUGUCAAAAUGAAGAUGCUGUUAUGUUGGCAUAUCUAUUAGAAUAUUAUUCUGAAAAUUCCAUGAAUCAUAUUGGUUGGAUGAUUAAUGUUACAAAAAUUCUUCCAGAAUUAUCUAAACAUAAUCAUGCUGCUAAUUAUGCGAAAUUAUUAUAUUAUAAACCUUGUUUUGGAGAAAUGAAAUAUAAUUUUCCAAAUAAAUGGUUUCAAGUAGCAUCAUAUAGUCAAGAUACAUUAAAAGUAUACGUGCCACUUACUAACCUUAUACCAACAAAUUCUUUUGACAUCUUUUUAUAUAAAAAAGUGAGAAAUGAUGAUAUUUGUAUGGUUCCACUUGCAAAUUUUACAACAUAUAAUUCAACAAUUAAAGAGAAGAUUGAAGGUGAAGCAGAUAAAGGAAGGAUUGAAAGAUUCAUACAUUUUUUGAGGGUUCUAAUAUUGCCACCCGGUUAUAAGAAUUUAGAUGAUAAAGAUUUUAGACCAUUUCUUCAGAUUAAAAAAAGUGAAAUUUCAUUUUAUGAAAUUCCGGCUAUGGAAGCAACUAUAAAUGCAAGAUGGUUACAAGCAAUGGUACAUCAGUUUACACCAUUUAUAAUUUAUUCUGUAUUUUUAAUUAUAUUCUCCUCAUGUUCUCAAUAUUAUUCAAGUUUUAAUCAUAUGAGCGAGAAUAUAAUUAGAAUUGCAGUAUUUUAUUACACUGGAAUAUAUUUAUUAAUGAUUGAAUUCUUACAAAUGAAGAAGUAUAAAUCCAGUUACUUUACGAUAUUUAAAAUAUUUGAUUUAUUAAGUAUCAUUUUAGGUAUAAUUGUUAUUACAAUAAUAUUUGAAAAGGAAUAUUUUGGUAUCAAUAGAGUCAGCAAUGAAGAUAUUAUUGUUUUUAUAUCAUCAGCUACUUUGGUACUUUGGAUCGAAAUGCUCUUACAGUUUCGAUUAUUUUCAGUAGUAGCAACAAAUAUAUUUAUUUUUGGAAACAUUUUAAGAAAGAUCAUACCAUUUUUUGCAUUUAUGUUCAUUUUAAUGGUCGGAUUUGGACAGGCAAUGUUUGUUCUUUUUAAUCAUCGAUCACUCUUUAAUUUAUAUCCGUCAGCCUCAAAUUUCAUGUUUACUAAUGGAACUGCAAAUAUAACUUUAGUAAUGACAAGUCAAGAUAAUCCUUUUAGCACAGUAUGGGAUUCUAUACUUUCCACAUAUUAUUGGAAUACAAUUGAUUUGAAUACUUAUGAUAGUUGGCCAUUAAAAUUAUUUGCUUUCAUUACAAAUAUUAUUUUGGUUCUUGUUUUAUUUAACAUGAUUAUUGCAUUAAUGAAUGAUACAUUUAAUAAAGCCAAAGAAGAUGCUAGAAUUGGACUGUUAAUGCAUAGAGUAAAACUUAUUAAUGAUUUUGAAAGGCUUGAUAUUUCCCCAUUAUAUAAAAAUGAUUUCCCAUAUAUUUGUUUUCAUAAAGAUACUAGCUUAAUGAAAAAUUGGUUAAAAAAAUCUCAAAAAUUUAGAGAAGAAAAAUUAUAUUCAUGGUUUAAUGAAAAUGUUGAUGAAGAAAAGAUAACUUUUGAUAAUGGAAUUGAUAUUAAAUCUUGGUAUGAAACGCUCAUAUCAGUGUAUGAAUCAGUGGGAUGUUACUUCCCAGGUGAUUCUCCAAAAUAUUAUUACAAUGAUGAAGAAUCACCAAGAUACUAUCCUGAUAAUGAAGAAUCACCAAGAUAUUAUCCCGAUAACAAAGAAUCUAUUCUUCUUAUGGAUGAAUCCUAA